UGAAGAGGAGGACGGUCCUGCUGUCACAGAUGGAAAUACAUCAGCAGGGUUGAGGAGGACACAUAAUCCUAUUUAUUUUGUCCUCCGAGGCGCACACGAGCAGUGGAUACAGCGAUACGAGGACAAAAUGACGUGAAAUGCAUUCGGUUUUGGAUUACACGUCCACCAUGGAAACUUUAGCCGUCAUUUAAAGACUGGUAGAAUACUAUAUUUAUAUAUGUGCACAACAAGAGUGGGAUUUAAACCGCAAACUGUGAGUUUUGGGCUCAAUGGGCAAACGACGCGAACGGUUUCCUCGUUAGAAGCAACAGCUUGUAAAAUGUGCAGGUCACAAAACAAAGAUGUUACUGAGACGGCACGCAUGCGCACUCUGAGCUGUCGCCCUCCUUGUGGUUGCUCACCAUAACAUCCAGUCAGCUGCUCAAACAAAUACCUUCUCAGUCCCGCCUCUUACACUGAAGACAGAAUGCCGAUAAUCAGCAAUGCCAACCAUGACUUCAGCACCUACUCGAUAAGCAGUGAUGACAGUAGCCUCGACCGAUUCUUCACUGAGAUCCCUGAGACAGAGACCAUCAAGGGAGUAUAUUUUAAGCGGGCCCAGCUACUGCGUGACCCCAAGGCCUCAUAUGUGGUUGAUCACACCCUUCAGGUUCUCAUCAAUGUUGGGGGAAACCGAUACACCUUCCCCUGGAGCACGUUGGAGCAAUUUCCCCAGAGUCGCCUGGGACGCCUGCGCUUCUGUACCACGCCAGAGGAGAUCGCACACGUCUGCGACGACUACGACGAGACAUGCAAGGAGUACUUCUUUGACCGCAACCCGACAGCUUUCCGGGUCAUCCUCAACUUCUUAGCAGCGGGAAAACUGCGUCUGCUGCGGGAACUGUGUGCCGUAUCCCUGCACGACGAGCUGGACUACUGGGGUGUCGAUCCGGGUCAUAUGGAGCGGUGCUGCCGCCGUCGCAUGAUCACCCGCGUGGACGAGGUGGCUGAGCGAGACCGCAAGGAAGAGGAAUGGAGACAGAAGAGGAUGAUGCUGAAGAAAAGCCCAGCAGACGUUGAGAGAGGCUACCGCAAGCUGAUCUGGAUGCUGCGAGAAGUGGUGGAAAACCCUCACUCGGGGUUGGCGGGGAAGAUAUUCGCCUGCCUCUCCGUCAUCAUGGUGCUAGUCACUGUGGUCAGCCUCUGUAUCAGCACCAUGCCAGACCUCAGGGAUGAAGAAACUAGGGGAGAGUGCUCCCAGAAGUGUCGCAGCAUGUUUGUGGUGGAGUCCAUCUGUGUCGCCUGGUUCACUUUAGAAUUUGUGCUGCGAUUUAUAAACGCCCAGAGUAAGCUGGCCUUUGCUCGUGGUCCCCUCAACAUAAUCGAUGCUAUCGCCAUCCUGCCGUACUACGUGUCCCUGGUUGUGGAUGUCAGAGAUGAGUCUCAGGAGGAAGUCGUCAUGGGAGCUGGCAGAGGCUACCUGGACAAAUUAAGUCUCAUUCUUCGCCUUCUGCGAGCGCUGCGCAUCCUGUAUGUGAUGCGGCUGGCUCGUCACUCCCUGGGCUUGCAGACCCUGGGACUGACCAUGCAGCGGAGCAUGAGGGAGUUUGGGCUACUGCUGCUAUUCGUGUGCGUGGCCGUCACUCUCUACUCACCCUUGGUCCACCUUGCAGAGAGCGAACUUGCGCCUUACGCCGCGACUCAUCCACAACACAGCUUCAGCAGCAUCCCGGCCACUUACUGGUGGGCAAUCAUCUCUAUGACAACAGUUGGCUAUGGAGACAUGAUUCCGCGCAGCAUCCCUGGACAGAUGGUGGCAUUAACUAGUAUCCUGAGUGGAAUACUCAUUAUGGCAUUCCCAGCUACGUCCAUCUUCCAUACCUUUUCUCGCUCCUACCAGGAGCUGAAGCAGGACUAUGACAGGCUUUCGAAGGAGGAGAGAGGCGAGGAAAUGGCAGAAGAGUCAGACCAGACGGGCUUCAAAUCAGUUGAUCUCACAUCUCUACGCAGCGUUCAUCACUUUGAUCGAGUGACAGACAAGGAUAAUAAUUCUACUCUUCCAUGUACAGCUUUCUAACGGAAGUGUAACCCAGGAAGUGUACAAAUUAAAAAAGCUUUCAGUUGACUGCUUGGGUAAAUUAUUAAAUUAUCGCGAUACAGUGGAUCCCCGCACAUUUGCAAUUCAGCAUUCAUGGCUGCAUAAAUUUGCAGAUUUUUGUUCAAUUAUUUUUUUAAAAAUCUGAAAGUAGGCCGUUUUUUCCAAAGAAGACACGUCUCAUUCACCCUAAGUCUGUAAUCAUUUAUAAAUACGUGAUAAUACAGGUAAAAUGGACAGCUUACAUGUACCACUCUUAAAAAAGCCAACCUUUUUUUUUUUUUUUUUUACAUGUUGACAGUAUGUCUUUAUGCAUGCGAGACUGAUUGUGUUUUUUCAUCUAGCGUCUCACUCUCACUUUGUCCGGCAGUCCUCGAACCAUAGUUGCUGUGAGACGCAGAAGAGAAACGCAUAUAUAACAUCUACAUCUUCCAUCUGUUCAUGGAUCAUCUUACGUUAUCAUUCAUUAGUGGUGAGUCCUAUAAAAGCUCUUUCUUCCUCGUUCUUGGGAUCGCAUUGCUAUCGGAGAAGCAGUCAAUGGUCACACAAUUUAAAAGGUUUUCAAAUUGUAUUAAAAUAUGAGAGCAAUACAUUUGGUUACAAUGCUGCAUUCUACAUUGACAAGGGAGAUGGACAAAGACCCCAGAAUGAAAGUACACAGAGUAUAUAUAUAGCAAUUGCCACUCCCCUCGAGAAAGUGAAAGUUAAGCUUGUGUGAGUGAGAUCAAUGCAUCUAUUGUGUGUCUGCCUCUUCCAUGAUUUUUCCAUCAGUAAUAUGUAACUAUUGCGCAACUCUGAUUGUGCUAUGUGAGUGUGUGUGUCAAGAAGGCCUUCUACGAGAAGCUAUUAGACCGAAAAUACACAGAGCUAAUAAACUCAAUCUAAAAAGGUAAUAAUAAGAUGAACGGUAUCUAUACAUUUUAUACUUUAAAAGUAAAUAAAUCUAAUCUAACAGUCACUUUUAUUGCAAAUGUUGAUCUGAAAUUGAAUUUGCAAACGAACAACCCCUCGGCUCUUUGACGUGAACUAGAGGAGUCAGUUCUUUGAAGUGAACGUUAACAUUGAUUUAAGAUAUUGAAGUUAACAUUAUUAGAGCCCUCUAGAGAUGAAAUAACGCCCCAAUAGUCACAUUUACACUUGUAUUUCCCAAUAUAGUAGCCAUAAGGAGAGAGAAAAUACAUAGAAGACAUAAAUUAGACAUAAAAUAAACACAUAUAUUAGCACAUAUUACACAUAUUAGCUUUCCUUGCUGUUUUUGUUGCUUUCUUUGCUUCCUGUUUGAUACAGUACUUCCUGCAGUGGCUAUUGUUUCAUGUAACAUCAGUGACCUGUUGAAUACGACAUAUCAUCACAAGGUUUUUAAAUGCGUCUUCUGAAUGCCUUAAAUUUGUAUUUUAGUCCAUUUAGCCAUUUUUAUGCUUGAAAAUGCGUAAUAUUUUUGGACUAAUAAUUAGGGAUGUCCGAUAUAGGCUUUUUUUUUACCGUUAACCGAUAUGCCAAUGUUGUCCAACUCUCAAUUUCCGAUUCCGAUAUACCCGAUACUGGAAUGUAUCAACCGGUAUGUGGACCAUCACAUAUCUCCUGUCAUGGAAUUAACACAUUGUGGUGACCCACAAUAUUGUUUUUAUUAAUAUCUAUCUAUCUAUCUAUCUAUCUAUCUAUCUAUCUAUCUAUCUAUCUAUCUAUCUAUCUAUCUAUCUAUCUAUCUAUCUAUCUAUCUAUCUAUCUAUCUAUCUACUUCCGUUUCCCGGUCAUGAGGUUGCUGUAGCCUAUAGCUGCAGCCACUUAGCUAUUGCUAAAUUAUUGUUGCUUGUUGUUGAGUUGAGUGGACAGUAAAAUGAUUGCUGCCACCUACUUCGACUCCUGUCUCGUAAAUCGCAUUUCCACAUUUGGUGACCCUAAAUGUGGGUAAAAAUGUCACCCAAUAACAAUGACAAUGAGACCUACAAGCUAGCGAGUUAGCUAACGCCGGUGCUUUCUUAACCCACACACCCACGCCUGUGAUUUCAACAUAUUCGGCCGAGUUCCGACUGCGAGGAAUAACACAAAAUGUGAUGAUGUAUUUCCAUGUAUUUCCACGUAUCCUAAGUCCAGUUCUGGUCAGAUUUUGGUGAAGAACAUAGUUCCGCUUAGUUGCUGGGGCCAUUUAAGUGAAGGGUUUGGCUUCUCAAAACAACAUGCAUUCAAAAGAGUAAUACAUUUGCAUCACAAAAAUGCCUUCUCAAAAAAAUCUGACCUCACAAAACGCUUGGCGUUAUAUUUGUCUCCCGCCGUAUCCCUACGCACUGUCGCCUGUGCUUUCAUGUGCAUGUGAUGAACACACUUGCGGUAAUGCCACUCUUCUGCCACGACGGAGCACCGCGGCCAAAGUGACGAGGGAUUACUAUAUAGGUACCGUACUCACCACGAAUGAAUGAUAAUGUACGAUGAUUCAUGACUGUCAAAGCUAGUGUUUCCGGAGCCAAACAAAAUUUUGCAUCUCAACACACAACUAUGGUACCUUCAAGGACAGCAGAACAAAAAGGAAAAACUUAAAAACAUAAUCAGUGAAGCAUAAAUACACAAACAUGUAAAAAUUGUGGGCUUUCUAACAGUAGUACAUUUAUAGACUAGAAUAGAAUAGGCUUUGUUGCCAUGGUGCAGUUUGACACCAAAAAAUUGUGGGGGUACUCCUCCACGGCAGUGCACACUUAUAAAACACAAAAACAGACAUCUAAAAGGACUUAGGUUGGGAAAUUAAAAUACGUGUUAGGAAUAUAAAAAAGAUAAAUAAAAACACACAUACACAAGGGGAAAAAACCUGCUCAUAUUUCCAUAGACCUACAAAAAUAGUGCAAAUAUGGAUAUGAAGCUAUUAUGUCUACAUCUAUGUAACCCGCCCUGUUUCACACCAAACUCACCGGGGCUCGAACACAGGACCUUCGUAAUGGGAGGCGAGAGCGCUGACCACACGGCCAAAAGCCCUAACUGUCGACCACGUGUUCAGCGCAGCUCUUCAGGCAGAGGGAGUGAGGUUUACCAACGUACACUUGCACAGCCCCACUGGCUGGCAUCCGUUACACUCACCCCCUCAAACCUCAUUCCCAUCCGGGGAAUGUAAACCGCCCCGCCUACUCCCCCCAAGAUUCUUCGAGGAACACAGUCAAAUGCCUUCUCCAAGUCCACAAAACACAUGUGUACUGGUUGUUUGGACAGGAUAUAAACAGCAAUAACGAUUACCGUUAGCUCCGUUGGCAGAUAGUGUACAUUUUACCUACAGUAUAGUAUCGCGUAUUGAUAAAGUCUUACUGAUUUAUGGUGAAUGAGGUAAAAACGGCCUUAUGUGAUUCAGGAUCACGAAUACUGAAAUGUGCAAAUGUGCUGAGAUCCACUGUAAUUUGUUUUGUUACCUAUAACACAAAGCCUAAGCUGUAGAUGUUCAAUUCAGAUAUCUUAGCAUACAGUAUGUUGACCUGCACUGGAUUGGUUUUAGCAUCUUUUGUGUACAAAAUGUAUCAAAGUGGUCCCCCACAUUCUUUAAUUUUUUGGUGGAAAAAGUUUGGACACUCCUGCUCUUGUGUAACAGUUUGCAAUUGCAUAUUUCUUUUGUCACAUCUAAAUAGUCAGUUUGCUGCUUUGUAAAAGACCUGUUGGACAAUUCUAUGCUUCCAGCUUUGUGGGGACAGUUUGGGUAAGGCCCGUUUGUGUUCCAGCAUGAUAAAGCAAGGUCUUUCAAGCUCUGACACCUUUGGAAUGAACUACAACAGAGAAUGUGAGUCAGCAGGUUCAACACCAGUGAUCUGCAUGAAUGGAAAAAAAAUCCCUGACACGUUACAUCAUUUUGUAGAAUGUUUCCGGCUUCCAACUUUUUAUAAAUACAAACUCCUUAUUUUCUAACAUUUUGACUUUAUGUCGAAGUAAUGGCAAUACAUCCCAAUAGAGCAGUCCAUGUAUAUUUUUUGUGUAAACCUUUAGGUAAAUAAAUACGCUGUGUAUUCUUGUGAGUCACACAUGUUCAAUUUCAUUGACUGAAAAAGCAAUAUUUAAGUAGUAAAUCAUGCAAAUAUGAAACCAAGCAUUACUGUUCUAAUCAGAGGUGGGCAAUACUGCAAAUUUUGGUAUGGAUCCGAUACCAAGUAAAUAAAGAGGCAGUUUUGCCGAUACUGAUACUGAAUGUUUUAUCAUAAUUAUUAUCAGAACAAAGAUUUUAGGUUAAAAAAAAAACAACUCAUCAACAAACGGAUAAGUGAACAAUGUAACAAUAUAUAAAUACAAUAGGGCUGGUUAUGUAAAAAUGUCUAUUUUUGACACGCUGCUCGCUCCUCCACCUCCAAACUGUCCUGCUAGCUUGAUGUUGGUGUUCUCCUCUGAUUUCGGAUCAUCUUUUGCAAUUCUUUUGUAGUGACUGCUGUAAUUAUUAGAUUAGCUUCAGCUUCAGUUAACUCACGAUUAAUUGCAUUUAAAAAAAUAUAAUAAGAGAAUACUUUUAAAAAUGUAAUUCAUCAUGACUUAACGAUGAAACAUUUGUGAUUAAUGAAAUUUUUAAAAAUGACAUUAAUAGUAAUUUAAAAAUAUAUGAACAGAAUAGUUUUAAAAAAAUGCAAUUAAUCAAGAAUUAACUAUUAAACUAUUGCGAUUAUAUUUUUCACAUACAGUAGAUCCCCAGUUUUUGCGGGGGUUCCACUGUGGGACUACCAACGAAUGAAAAUCCACGAAUAAUCACCCCGCCACACCCCACACCCAACUUUCCUGCUAGCUUGACAUUGAUGUUCUCCUCUGAUUUUGGCUCAACAUUUACAAUAAAAGUGACUGUUAUGAUUAACAGAACCCUCCCUUUCUCUCUUCACUUGACAUUUUUCACUCACGACACAAUCCAGGUUUGGAUUGCCUCACACACUUUUAAACACAUGUAAAGUAUAAAAUGUAUAGCUACUCACCACUAAUGAAUGAUAGCCACUUCAUUAUUAGUCCAAAAAAUAGUUCAUGUAUUUUUUUUGCCUAAAUUAAGCAUUCAAGCAUUAAAAUGGCUAAAUGAACUACAAACACAAAUAUAAGGCAUUGAGAAGCCGCAUUCAAAGACACUGUGAUAUGUAGUAUCCCUAACUGUUACUAGGUGUCAGUAAUGUUACAUUGACAAGACAAUAGCCACCACAGGAAGUACAAGGAACUCUCCCAAAGCUAACCUGUGAGUCCAUAUUAUGUCUUAUUUUCCCUUAUUCUGUCUACUAUAUUGGGUAAUACGAGUGUAAAGAUGACUAAGGUGUGUUAUUGCAUGUCUAGAGGGCUAUAAUAAUGUUAAAAACCAUAUUUAGAAGUUCAUAAACAGGUUUUCUAUGUCUGCCAUUUUCAAAUAAGGAAUGCUACUUUGCGGAAAUUCACAUCUCACAGUCUGGUCUGGAACCAAUAUAAAUGCAAUCAACUUUAUUACAAUCGGCCACCAUUGUCACCAUAAAAAUAUGUCUAUUAUAUGGUCAUGUUUUACAAAAGAAUACAUAACUCAUGGUUGGUAAUGGGAAAUCAACAACACUGUUUCUUCACAUAUUUCGUCAUUGUCUUAUGCUGCCAUUGUUGUAUGGUAAUAAUUUCUUCAAAUGACUGUGGCCAUGCGAAACCAUGUGAAACCAUCACAACCUCUUUGUGACCUACUGGGGUUAACAGUGUGUAAUACAUGCUAAAUGUGUAAACAAACUACAGGCUGUCCAUAAAGUCAAUAAAUCAUGCAAUAAAUACAUAUAUUUUUUUAAUUAAAUAUAUAGUAUAAAUACAUAUUUUUUGUUUUUAAUUAAUUACUUUUAAAGUAUAUUUAUUUAUAUUUUUUGUUCAUGUUUGUAAUUUUUAGUGUUAUUUAUUUCAAUUAAUAUUUUUUAAUUAAUAUUAUUUUAUGUAUUAUUUUAUAUAAUAAAUUUAGUAUUUAUUCAUGAUUAAUAAUAAAAGUAAACAUUUUUUAAGUAUCGUGUGUAUAUUAUAUGUGUAUUAUUAUACAGUAUGUCCAGACAUUGGUUUCUAUAAUGACCUAAAUUAGCAACUGUGUUUUUUUGUCUGCAUCAGUUAAUGAUACUUUAGGAAAUAACUAUAGCCCAGUUUUGUCUGUGAGAAAAUAACCUUUUCUGAUGUUAUAUAGAUUCAUUUUCAUUUAAAGCAUGCCAAAACAUUGUUGCCUUGUCAUAUAAUGAUCAUAUUUCUCAUUAAUAAACCAGCUGUCAAUAGUAUAUCUCUAUUAUAAAGCUCUCUUCAUAAACAAAAACAUGUA